CCUCACUGGACGCCAAAAGAGAUAUCUCUGCAAUCGUCAAUCGAUCUCAGCUCUCUCGACAAACAUUACCGGCUCAAAUCCGAUCCCCGAUUUGCACCCCGUGAUCAGCAGCACCCAGACUCAACGUUCGAACAAAGUGAAGGCUGCUUUCGGCACUUCGGAAACAAGAUACACUUCUCCCCUAUCAGUGCAGCUUCCAGCUGCGCCCAAUCAUUGCCUUAUUCUUGUGGAGGCUUGGUCGAUCACCGUCAACCUGGGGCAUCCCGAAGCGACCUUUACACACUGGAGGAUAGCCGAGUGACGGAUAAAAUAGGAGCGCGGCCCAGCGGAACCAAGUCGGUCAGGCUUCAGAAAGAGAAGGGUUUCGAGACAGCCCCGAGGAUCCAAGCUUGUAUCCCCUCGACCUCGAGACAUCUUCACCAACAGGUCCACCACUGGCCACAACCAUUCGUCCCUCUCGAUCACCAUGAGGAAUCCGAAGCCUCCCACGUGAACAGACUCCUUUACAUCAUUUCCCAGCCCCGACUGGCGACCAGGGAACCAUAGCCGUCAUGGCACCGUGGCCUCAGGAUACUGACGCAUUGCAUUCGCUUGCUGCAUCUUUUCCGGAGGUCAUCAUUGCCCGCGCGACCCCGGCUUACGACCGCAUCCCCAACGGUCUGACUGACCGGCAAUGGACAAUCAUUCAAUCUACGUCGCUGGCAGUCGCCGCCUUGAGCUUUGCAUCCGUCACUCUCGCCUUCUAUUGGUUUUCUCGCAUGAGGCGAAGCUUUAGACAUGAUCUUAUCAUGCUGCUCAUGUCGAGCGACAUGCUCAAGUCCUUGUGGUUCAUCAUAUUUCCCAUCGUCGACUUCAAGACCGGUUCGGUUGCAUCAGAAUCAUCUUUCUGCCAAGCAAGCGGUUUCUUCCUCGCCGUCGGCAUAGAGGCGUCUGACAUCGCUGUUGUCCUCAUCGCCCUCCAUACCGCGAUUUACAUCUUCCGCCCGCGACACUCCGGACGCCAGAGCGGCCUCUAUCCACACCGCCGUCUUGCGUUCAGCGUUUUUGCCCUCUUCCCGCUUUUGAUGGCUUCUCUAGCCUUCAUCAGCUGGCCCGGCUAUGUGAACAAUGGCGAGUACUGUUACUUACCAGUCCGUCCCGAGUGGCCGAGGCUUGCCCUCAGCUGGGUCCCCCGCUACAUGAUUCUUCUCACCAUUGUUGCACUGUAUGCCUACAUCUACAUAUACGUCACGCUACGCAUGCGGCGAUUCGGUCGCCUCAGCGCCAUGAGACGCGCGAGCGCAACACAAAUACCGGAUGACGGACACUGGGCUCACAUCCCCUCGGUGCCCGCUACUCCCACAUCUCGUCGUGGAUCCGAGACCUCGAUGGAGGACGCAGACCGGCACCGUACUUCGUCCACUGCCACCACGAUGACGGCUGAGAUCGAGCUCUUGCACAGUCGCCAAAAGAUAUCGUGGAACUGGCCGGCGUACGGCGCUGACGACGACAGCCGGAUCCCUGUACAGGAGGAGGUGCUUUCGCCUCGCGCGUUGGAACCUAGCGGCAGUCCCCUCUCAGCAACUUUCGGUCCCAUCUCGCCACCCCCCCAGAGCUAUAUUCGCCGCGACACCGUCGACCUGAGUCCGCCCGACCACCACUACCACCAACAACAAACCAGCUUCAGCUCGCACUGGCAGCCACUGAAUAGCCCGACAAGUGCCCGCGCCAAAUCACUGGCCAACAUUUGGUCAAUACUUCGCCGAGGCACAUCCCUCGACUCGGACCCCGAACACAACGCAACCCCCUUUCUCUUCCACCCGACCAUGGACGGCACGGGUAUGGCAAAAACACGCGACAAGAUUCGCCGCCAACUGCGACUGCUUUUUGUAUACCCGCUUGUGUACAUCUUGAUCUGGGCGGUCCCCUUUGUCGCGCAUGUCAUGCGCUGGGACAACCCAGAGGAGACCGGCCCCUUUGCGGUUGUUUUAUUAUCACUGGUGAGCCUUUCGAUACAAGGCCUCGUGAAUUCAUGUCUGUUUUGCGCCGUUGAGAAGCCUUGGAUCGACAGGAAGGCAAAGUACAGGAGAGCACCGUCAAAGACGCGUCAAGAUAAAGAUGAAAACCGGUACCGGACCGGUCAUCGGAGGAUAUCAUCAUUUUAGCGUAGUCGUUUUCCCUAUUUCUUUCUUUUGUUUUUCCGCCUUGAUACCACAUGAAUUGAAUGACCACUUUCUUGAUUACUUGGUUUGGG